AUGGGAAGUUUGGUUUAUCUCACAGUUACUUGUCCAGAUAUUGCUCAUGUUGUUCAUGUUGUUAGUCAGUUUAUUACUGCUCCUACCUCUGUUCAUUUGGGAGAUGUACUCCGUAUUCUGAGAUGUCUUCGUGGCACUCAGUUUCAAACCCUCUUGUUUCCCUCGACGUCUUCUCUUGAGUUACGUGUCUAUAGUGAUGUUGAUUGGGAUGGUGAUCGUCAUGAUCGUAAAUCCACCACCGGAUUUUGUGAAUUUCUUGGAGAGUCUCUCAUUUCUCGGAAGAGCAAGACACAUGACAUUGUCUCUUGA